AUGGAGGCGGCCGCGGACAAAGCCGCAGAGAGAGACGAAGUGGACGUGGCAGAGGUCUUGCAAGCCCACCGCAAGGAGAUGGCAACCUUGCUUCACGACUGGCUGUCCAAAUUGGAAUACACCUUGGUGAUGUCGAACUUGCCGUCAGGUGCCAGGUCCCCGAUCGCACGAGGAGUAUCCAAAGCCACGCGGUUUGGGGCCAAGCCGUCGAAAUCUUCGACCAAAGGACCUAGGUUUGAGGACGAGAACUUGACCGACCCUGAUCUGCAGUCUGCAGUGGACUCGGACCUAAGGGCUCCGACUCUCACUGAGCAAGACCAGUUCAAGGCAUCACCAGCCAGUGCAUCUGACUCCUCCGAGGAAGACAUAGUACAGGGACAUGGGAUUCGAGCACCCAGACGCCUGGAUAGCACGCUGAGCUACGAAGAAGCCAAAAUGACAGAUGUUGAGAUUGCGCGUGCGUGGCACAUCGGAGCAUCAGCAGGGCUCGCGAAGGCCAGCAGCAUCCCUCUGGGCUGGUGGCACCCAUUCCGGGAACGAGUGGAAUCCAUUAUGAAUUCCCAGUGGUCGACUGCUUUUUGGACGCUUGCCAUACUCACGAACUCAAUCUACCUUGGCAUUCAUCUUCAGUGGAGUUCAGACAACAGGGAGUUCAGAAAUGACUUAUAUUUUGAUGCAGUGCACACGGGAUACGCCGUCCUGUUCACAUUGGAGGUUUGCCUGCGUGUCAUCGCCGUUGGAUGCUGGUCAUAUGUAUUGGAGAAGGACUGGAAAUGGAACUGGCUGGACUUGUUUGUUGUGGUGUCUUCCUGGGUUGAGAUCGUAGCAGACAGGCUGACCUCUGAAGGCGCUGAGGACAUGCUAGGGGCAAACACGAACUUGCGCAUCAUCAGAGUGCUUCGCCUGGGUCGUCUUGUGCGGGUGGUGCGCAUAGUGCGAGUUGUGCGGCUCUUCCGCGCUUUGCGGACUUUAGUUGCUUCCCUCAUGGGAACCUUGAAGUCACUCUUCUGGUCUUUUCUGCUUUUGUUCCUGGUGAUAUACAUAUUUGCCAUCCUCUUUACAGAUGUGGCAUUGGACUAUGCCAUCGAGAACAACUCGUCGGAUGAGGACGUAAUGCAGGUUCACUUUGGCAACCUGUACAUCUCGAUGAACACGCUCUUCCGGGCCAUUUCAAACGGUAUCAGUUGGGCACAGGCCGCAGAUGCCUUUGCUCCGGCAGGUGAGUUCUGGGUCCAGUGCUUCCAGUUGUACGUGGCCUUCUGCCUGCUGGCAUUGCUGAAUGUCAUGACUGGUGUGUUCUGCAACAGCGCUAUCAAGGCCGCAGAGAGCGACCACGAUUUGGCGAUGCAGUCGCUAAUGCAAACGCGGAAGGAAAUGGCAGAUCAGGUCGAAAAACUCUUCCGUACCAUCGACGAGCGUGGCAGUGGACAGGUGACCAUCUCGGAGUUCGAGCGCAAUUUUGACAAAGAUGCUGUCAAGGCAUUCUUUGAAGUCCUCAAGAUCGGUGCCGUGGAUGCUUGGACCCUGUUCUCCAGCUUAGACAAGGAUGGGGAUCACACCGUCAAUGUCGACGAGUUCACAGAGCGCUGCCUCUGGCCUGAAUGCAGUUGA